AUGGACACCGCCGGGAUCAAGCCGUCCACCAUGCGGGCGGUGCAGUACAGCGGCUACGGUGGUGGUGCCGCAGCCCUCAAGUAUGUGGAGAUCCCUGUGCCGUCACUGAAGAAAGAAGAAGUUCUCAUAAAAGUUGAAGCAGCAAGCAUCAAUCCUGCGGAUUGUAGGAUCCAGAAAGGGCUGCUACGUCCGUUUCUCCCCAAAUUUCCAUUUAUUCCAGUUACCGAUGUUGCCGGAGAGAUUGCUGAGGUUGGUACCGAAGUGCGCGAGCUCAAAGUUGGCGACAAAGUCGUGUCGAAAUUGAUAUUCUGGAAAGCUGGUGGCCUCGCAGAGUACGUAGCAGCAUCCGAGAGCGUCACCGUUGUCCGCCCCGCCGGCGUAUCCGCCACCGACGCCGCAGGGCUGCCCAUUGCCGGUCUCACCGCUCUCCAGGCCCUGAAGGCCAUCGGCACCAAGUUCGAUGGCACGGGCAGCGCCAGCAACAUCCUGAUCACGGCGGCGUCCGGUGGCAUCGGUUCUUACGCCGUUCAGCUCGCUAAGCUUGCGAACCACAGCGUCACCGCCACCUGCGGCGCGCGCAACCUGGAGCUUGUUGAGAGCAUCGGCGCCGACGAGGUGCUCGACUACAAGACCCCGGAAGGCGCUGCACUGAAGAACACCUCCGGGAAGAAGUAUGACUACAUCAUCAACACCACGAACAGCGGCAAGUGGUCGGCAUUCAAGCCGAGUCUCUGCAGCCACGGCAGAGUCGUCGACGUAGCGCCCAACUUCGGCAACUUUGUCGCAUCGAUCCUGACGUUGUUCUCGAAGAAGAAGCUGUCCACGGUUAUCCUGUCGCUGGGUAUGCAGGACCUGAGGUUUCUGCUUGAGCUGGUGAAGGAAGGCAAGCUCAAGACGGUCGUCGACUCGCGGCAUCCAUUCGAGAAGGCAGCGGACGCGUGGGAGAAGAGCUUGAGCGGCCAUGCCACGGGGAAGGUCAUUGUUGAGAUGUGA